AAUGUCCAACAGCCUCCAAAACCCGUAGCAGCAUGGUCCGACGAACUACAAGCAACAAAAUUGCCCCAAGAAUGUCUGCAAUACGACCACAAGCCAUAUUUCGUGCAAAUCGAUCGCGUCAAAGGAUCCGAGGACUGUCUCUAUUUGAAUAUCUACGUUCCCGAUCAAGGUUACAGUAAUUCGAGUUUGCCUGUCAUGGUAUGGAUCCACGGUGGUGCUUUGACCCACGGUUCGGGAAACAACUUUACAGAAAAAUAUUUCAUUGACAAAGACACCAUUGUCGUGACCAUAAAUUAUCGUGUCGGACCACUAGGUUUCUUGAGUACCGAGGACAACGUGGUGCCAGGAAACAUGGGAUUCAAGGAUCAAAGUCUAGCUAUCCGUUGGGUACACGAGAACAUCAAAUUUUUUCGCGGUGACCCCAAACGAGUAACAUUGGUCGGCCAAAGCGCGGGAGGCGUGAGCGUCCAUUACCAUUACUUGUCACCCCUAAGCGCGGGCCUCUUCAGCAGGGGUAUAUCUCUUAGUGGUACUGCUCUCAAUUGUUGGGUGCAAACGAAAAAUGCCUUGGAAAAGGCCCAAAAAUUGGGGGCUCUGAUGGGCUGCCCAACUGUAAAUAACAAGGAAAUGAUCGAGUGCUUGAAGAACAGCUCCGCGAGGAGCAUUGUUGAAUCUGUCAAAGAAUUCAUGCCCUGGCUGUACAAUCCGUUCACUCCGUUUGGUCCAGUCGUGGAGAAAGGAGGCGACAAGCCGUUCAUCAGCCGCCCACCGAUUGAAAUACUCGAAAGUGGCGAAAGUGGCGAUUUUUUGGACGCCCCGUGGAUAACGAGCGUCACCAGCGACGAGGGACUCUAUCCAGUGGCAGAAUUUGCCACCAAUGACCGACUUCUGAAGGAGUUGGAUGCCAAUUGGACGUCCAUAGCACCUCACUUAUUGGAUUUCAAUUAUACGGUACCACUGAGGUUGCAUGAGGAGGUGGCUNACGAGAUCAUUUCAAAUGCUGAUCAAGAUCUUCCCUUUGUUGGCUUACAAUUUUUUCCCUCUCGAGUUUUGAAUUCGGACGUAGAGCAACAGCGUGCCCCAGAAUUUAAUGCCGGCGUGGAUGCGUAA